AUGAGCAAGUCGGACGAUAUCGAAAGACAGACGGUGGCUACAUCCAAGAAACCUCAGGGGGAGCCACAGCAAUGCCAAUUGGUGACAUGUGAGCAUAACGAAGAAAAUCUGCUUCCAGUGGUAGACGACGUACCCUUCGCGGUAUGGCUGAUUGCCUUCGUGGGAGCCGCUGAGCGCUUCGUCUGGUAUGGAGCGACCAGCCCUUUGCAGAAUUACAUUCAGCAUUCAUCCUCUAGCAAGGUUCCCGGCGUACUGGGUCUACGCGAGGCAACGGCGACCAAUAUUGUGAAUGCGAUGAUGGCUGGGGGCUAUCUCGCAACCAUCCCAGCAGCGGCGGUGGCCGAUACCUGGCUGGGUCGGUACAGAACGAUUCUAGUCUCUGCUGUCAUCCAACUCUGUGGCUCGGCGAUUUUGUUCGCGACCUCCUUUCCUCAUGCCGUUCAAGCCGGUGCCGCAGAAGGCGGAUUAGCUGCUGCUAUUAUUCUCAUCGCCGUGGGAUCAGGAGGCGUGCGAUCCUCCGUCGCUCCGUUUAUCGCGGAGCAGUAUACAGAAACAACUCCCAAAGUCAAAGUGCUAAAGAACGGACGAAAAGUCAUCACGGAUCGAGAGCUCACAAUCCAAUACAUCUAUAAUCUAUACUAUUGGAUGGUGAAUAUCGGGGGGUUAUCGGCUCUGACCACUACAAUCCUUGAGAAGUAUGUUGGAUACUGGGCUGCAUAUCUUGUGCCCCUCUGUAUGAUGGCCCUGUCAGUUGUACCCUUGCUGGCGUGGCAACACAUAUUUGUCCGGCGCCCACCAAGUGGCUCGGUUCUCCCACAAGCCGGCAGGGCAAUGUUGUAUGGAUUUCGGGAAGGGUUCCAGAUGGAUGGGGCCAAACCACAGAAGCAACAAGAGAAGCACCACCGACAGGUGCCGUGGACCGAUACUUUCAUUGAUGAGUUGAAGAGUGGAUUGCUCGCAUGUCGUCCUCCUCUUCCCCAUACAUUGGUUACCCAGACCUUCAAUAACCUCAUUUCCCAGGCCGGGCAGAUGGUCAACUCCGGAGUCCCAAACGACACCAUCAAGUCGCUCAACCCCAUCACCAGCAUUUUACUGACGCCGAUAGUCUCGCGUGGCCUAUACCCACUCUUGACCCAGCACCGGAUCCGAUUCGGCCCCAUGGCCCGCAUUGUCGUGGGAUUUCUCUUUCUCACCCUCGCUAUGGCCUACACCGCAAUCCUCCAGAAAUUGGUAUAUUCCACGGGCCCCUGUUACGAUCAUCCCCUGGCUUGCCCUGAGUCAGACCAUGGCCGCAUUCCCAAUCAGAUCUCGAUGUUCCUGCAAACACCCAUCUACGUUCUCGGUGCGAUUGCGGAGAUUUUCUGUUUCACCACGGGGACGGAAUAUGCCUACAAUCAAGCACCGAAGUCCAUGAAGUCGGUGGUUCAGUCGGUGUGGAUGGCCACGGCUGGGGUUGGGGCCUGCCUAGCGAUGGCGUUUACCCCGAUCAACAAGGAUCCUCAUCUGGUCGUCAUGUAUUCGUCGUUGGCGGGCGUCAUGGCCGUGGCAACUGUUUUGUUCGGGAUAUUCUUUGGAAAGCACGAUCGGAAGAAGACCAUUCUUCUAUAG